UCAAUCAAAGUGAUCAAUAGCUCCAAACUUGGACGGCAUGUGCAGCCGGCAGACCUUGGAGGCUUCUGCGCAUGUGCGAAGGUGUCCGGACUGACAAUGCUGGAGAGAUAGCGCGCUUGGGAUUGAGAAACCCAGAGAAAAGGGAUAGAGGAGAAGGGAAAAAAAACAAAAAAGAAGAAAAAGGGAUCCAAGAAAAAAAUCCAAACAAAUCCACGCCGAGAGACGGGCACCAUGAGGUCCAAAGGCAGGGCACGGAAACUGGCCACAAAUGAUGGAGAUGCAGGGUUUGCCCUUAAAUCUUCAGACAUAUUAGAAGAUGCUUGUGGCACAGGCGUUGGACUUCUGCAAUCUUCAUCCUUGGUGGAGGAGCCAACAUCCCCUUUGCUGUCUGAAGAUGAGGUCUCCCCCCAGAGGCCUUCACCCUUCUCACAACCAAGCAUCUUUUUAAACCAAGAGGACUUGGCCAUUCCCCUGGACUUUGAAUUACGCGAGUCAGCUGCUCUAGGUGGUACACUGGGCAUCUGGAGCCGCAGGAGCAUUUACAUCGGCGAGCGCUUUGGACCGUACGUUGGAGAGCGAAGGCCUUCUCUCAGAGACCCCACUCAAGGCUGGGAGAUCUUGGACGGGGCAGGCCAUGUCAAAUUUUGCCUGGAUGCCAGCAAGCCAGAUAUCGGGAGCUGGCUGAAGUACAUCCAGUUUGCCUCCACUGCCAAGCAGCAUAAUCUGACAGCGUGCCAGAUAGAUGAUCAGAUCUUCUACAAAGUCACUCGAGAGAUUUUCCCCGGUGAGGAGCUUCUACUUUUCAUGAAGGCUGAAGAGUAUUCAUGUGAUACCAUCAUGGCGCCUGACAUUCAUGAGGAGAGGCAGUACCGCUGUGAAGACUGUGACCAGCACUUUGAGUCCCGCAGCCAACUACUGGACCACCAGAUGCAGCAGUGUGGGAUGCCCCCCUCAUCCUUCCUUAAUGCAGGAGAUGACAGUGACACUGCCCAGGAACCUCAGGACCUCCGACCCCUCCACUUGUCUCAUGAUCUUCAUGAGUGUAAAGAGUGUGAUCAGGUCUUCCCGGAUAUCCAGAGUUUGGAAGCUCACUCUCUGUCCCACUCUGAGGAGAGAGAAUAUAAGUGCGACCAGUGUCCCAAGGCCUUCAACUGGAAAUCAAACCUGAUCCGACAUCAGAUGUCGCAUGACAGCGGCAAGCACUAUGAAUGUGAAAACUGCUCAAAGCAGGUGUUCACAGACCCCAGUAACCUUCAGAGGCACAUUCGCUCACAGCACGUCGGGGCAAGGGCCCAUGCCUGUUCCGACUGUGGCAAGACAUUCGCAACGUCGUCGGGGCUUAAGCAGCAUAAGCACAUCCACAGCAGUGUCAAGCCCUUCAUGUGUAAGUCACUAAGACCCUACCUAUGUGAGGUAUGUCAUAAGUCCUACACCCAGUUCUCAAACCUGUGUCGCCACAAACGCAUGCAUGCAGACUGCCGAACACAGAUCAAGUGCAAAGACUGUGGACAGAUGUUCAGCACCACCUCAUCCCUGAACAAGCAUCGGCGCUUCUGUGAAGGGAAAAACCAUUUCACAGCAGGGGGACUGUUUGCCCAAAGUAUGCCACUCCCUGGAGCCCCUGGGUUGGACAAAUCAGCUUUGGCAAUGGGCCACAGCAGUGCUGGAUUGGCUGAUUACUUUGGGGCUAGCCGCCAUCAUAGUGGGCUUACCUUCCCUGCCACGCCAGCGUUCCCAUUCAGCUUUCCUGGCCUUUUCCCUUCUGGUCUCUACCAUCGCCCACCACUCAUUCCUGCUACCUCUUCUCCUGUUAGACAACCAGCUCACGCCGCUGUUGCUGGCCCUGGUGCAGAGCUGAGUAAGAGUCCACUGUUGCCUUCUAGCCCUGGAGCCAGUCCAGAGUCCAGAGAGCUUCUUAAGGCACUUCGUAAGGAUGGCAGUUCACCUGCAAGUCAGAUCACAGCCUCAGAACUUCAUACCCAUAGCUCACUGUCCUUAACAAAGUUACGCAACAAGCAAAGUGACCAGUCGGAAAGCAGUGAUCUGGAUGAUGUCAGCACACCCAGUGGAAGUGAUCUAGAAAGUAUGUCAAGCUCUGAGCUUGAAAGUGAUAUGGACAUUGAGAGGGAUAGGGGUGCUGCUCGGGAAAAUGGCAAAAACCUCAAACUGAAGGCCAGUGAGGGAAGCCCCCAGAGCCAAAGCCUGACAGGCAGCGGUUCCAAUAAAAACUUUGCCCGACCCUCCCUUACACCUUCCUCACUGGACGAGCACACAGCUGUUACAGGGGCUGUGAAUGACUCUAUAAAGGCCAUUGCCUCCAUUGCUGAAAAGUACUUUGGCUCUACAGGCCUGAGCAGCCUGCAGGAAAAAAAGGUCGGGUCCCUGGCCUAUCCCUCCAUGUUCCCGUUGCCUUUCUUCCCAGCUUUCUCUCCUCCCGUUUAUCCUUUCCAAGACAGGGAUGUCAGACCUUCUGGGCUGAAGUGUGAGCCACAGUUGCAGGCAGAUGACUGCAAAAAGGCUCAGAACAAGUCUUCAUCAGAGUCACCAUUUGACCUCACCACUAAGCGAAAGGAAGAGACGUCUUGCCCGUUUGCUCCCUCCAAACCAGAGGCAUCCCGUUCCACCGGUCAGGAUCAGCCGCUAGACCUCAGCCUACGGACCAGAGGUCGUGGAUGCAGUGCAAAGGAAGAUGAGAAGAAAAAGAAUGUGGGCUAUGAAGAUGGGAAGGCAGGCAUGGAAACUCCAAAGCCUGAUACCUCCUUGCAACAUGCCAGGCCGACUCCUUUCUUCAUGGACCCCAUCUACAGCAGGGUUGAGAAGAGGAGAAUGAAUGAUCCGUUUGAGACUCUGAAAGACAAGUACAUGCGGCCAGCUCCAGGCUUCCUCUUCCAUCCUCAGUUUCGUUUGCCGGAUCAGAAUACUUGGAUGUCGGCUAUUGAGAACAUGGCAGAGAAGCUGGAGACCUUUAGCUCCUUGAAGCCAGAGUCAAGUGACCUGCUGCGUUCCGUCCCCUCCAUGUUUGACUUCAGAGCGCCACCAUCAGCACUUCCAGAGACGCUGCUGCGCAAGGGCAAGGAGCGCUAUACUUGCAGAUAUUGUGGGAAAAUCUUCCCACGAUCUGCCAACCUGACGCGUCACCUGAGGACUCAUACAGGAGAGCAACCUUAUAGGUGUAAAUACUGCGACCGCUCCUUCAGCAUCUCCUCCAACCUGCAGCGACACAUUCGCAACAUCCACAACAAGGAGAAGCCGUUCAAGUGUCACUUGUGCGACCGUUGCUUUGGUCAGCAAACCAACCUGGAUCGUCACCUCAAGAAACACGAGAAUGGUAACCUGUCAGGCACUGCAAUGUCAUCUCCGCAGUCUGAGCUCGACGGAAGCAGCGCCGUAUUGGACGACAAAGAAGACUCUUAUUUCAACGAAAUAAGAAAUUUCAUCAGCAACACAGGCCAGAGCCAAACAUCACCCGACCCCUCUGAAGAAGGUGUCAACGGCGUCACUUUAGAAGAAGAAAAGACUCUCACGGCCAGUCGUGGGUCACAUGACCUGGAAGACGAUGAAGCGGAGGAGCUUGGUGCUGAUGAUGAAGGGGAAGAGUCCGGCAACACCCUGAACAAACCGCAAGAGGAGAUGCCCCCCAGUAACCUCAGCGACGACAUCAUACAAGACGAAAUGGAUUUCACCAAGACAAAUGACCUGAGUCAGAGCUGCAAGAUCUCUCCUAGGAGGUAUACGCAUGACGACGAGCAGAGUGGCUACUCGGCCCUGGAUCAGAUUCGACACUUUUCAGACAUGCGCAAGCUGGAUGAGAGUGAAAUGAGUGACGGUGAAGGUGAUGAAGACGCCCGAUCGUUCAGCCACCCCUCACUGAGUGAGGCAGUCAAACAGCCCCUCUUUAGGAAAUCCAAGUCACAGGCGUACGCCAUGAUGCUGUCUCUGGCUGAAAAAGACUCUCUCCAUCCAGCCGCACACACGCCGGCCACCAUGUGGCACAGUCUGGCUCGGGCUGCUGCUGAAUCCAGUGCCCUCCAGUCCCUCAGCCAUGUAUGAUGGCCUUAGAAGUCCCCUAUGCCCUGACUCAUGGGACCCGGAGGCCAUUGUGGGGUAGCUGUGCCCCUCAACGUCUUUGGAAUGACUGCUAAGCAGAAUCACGGCCCAUGUGACUGCUGAGUGGAGCGCCUUGUAUAGACAAAACAGGGUCCAUGCAGAACCCGUCCCAGAAAACCUCAACUUCUACAGAGCAAAUUGUCCCUCUGAGACCUUAAAAUUGAUUUCCCAGUAACACCGACCAGGAUGACAGCAGUGAUGUGGUGGAAAUAAUAAUUCUUAAGUAAUAAUAGUGGUAUUUAUUCUAUUCAUUUGCACACCAAAGGCAGCUGGUGGACACGGAAGAUGUGCUGAUCAAUCUUUGACGGACUGCAUUCACUGCCCGGCUCACACAAAGCAGGGUGAAUAUUUGGAGUUGUCUGAAAGGCACGUAUGUUGAACUGUAACAAGAACUGUCUUUGGUGACAAUACGUAUAUUCAAACUGUAUUUUAAGAAGUCAGUUUAACCCCCAAGGGUGUUGCUCAGAGAGAAAAAAUGCACUUGUUGUAAUGAAGGGUGGUAGCAGCCGUGGUUGAAAUGACUCCAUAUCACAAAAAUUGCCAAACAAGUAAUGAUAAUAAAGUUCAAUCAGGCCAGUUCCCGAUCUGUAUUUUUGCAGUUUUUCUGCACAAUCAUUGCACUGUACACAAUUGUCUACCAACUCCACCCUGUUCCUCUGCCCUCCCCAUCUGUGAAAGGUUAUAAAUAGAUUUCAUUUUAGUGGAUGAGAAGAAAACAAAUAAGUAGCCAGUGCUGAAGUUAAAUGUUGUUCUGUAAAGGGCAUUUGUCUUUUCCCAACCCCUUGUGUCCAUCCUAGUCAGCCAACAAUGCCACUAAAUCGCUUGAAUGCUAGUUGUUAGCUACUCCAUGCUUGUGUGUCUUUCAUUUUAGACAAUCAUGGUUCUGGUUUCUUUUAUUUUGUAUUUUCUUUGUUGAUGUUGUCGAUGUUGUUGUUGUUUGCUGUUGUAUGUUAAGAAUUGUAUUUAUUUCUCGGCAAACUGUAGUUUGUUUACUGAAUAGCACUGCUCCGAGCCCGGGUGAUGGGAGAUUCCUCAGCGGGCCUAUCCUUGACUUCAUUGGGGUUUCUAGAUUAUAUUUGAGUGCCAGAUAGUAUUAAACAUACAACUCACUCCUUUUUCUUUUAAUGGAACUGGUUGAUGAAUAGAUAUUAGAUUUUUUUUCUAUGACAAUUUAAUGAUUCAAUUGUAAAAAAUACAAAAUAAAAAAACAUUACAUAGAAUGAGAUCAUUACAAAAAAACAACCCUGGUAUCAUUUUCUUCAUAAGCGCAUGAUUUGUGUUGACAUUUUCUACGGUUGUCUGCAAGCUUGUGUGACGUUCAGUUCAUGUUAACCCCUUGUGCCAAACGUAUGGUAAAAAAAAAAAAAACAGACUGUUUUCAUUUAUUCUCCCGUUUUGAGGGACCAGAUUUUUUUUAUUUGUUUUUGUCCUUGUUUAUAAUCGAUUUUAAAGAGUAAUCAGCAAGUUGAGGUACUUUUGUUUUAAUGCUUUUUACAAUGUAACUGUUAUGCAUUUCAAUUCCAAUACUGUGGGAGGAACAACUAAAUAAAGGACUACA